GAACUUCCCAUGUAGUUUGCUGAUCCUCUCCCAGACGAAGUCCCCUCAUAUGAUGUGUUUGGUUCGUUGUUUCUUACUGGGGUCAGCUGGACAGAUUGGUGACUUAGGAUCCACGAGGCAGAAAUUCUCCGUGUGAAGGAAGAAGAGGCAGCCAAGUACAGUAUGUUGAUAGAAGAGAAGCUUAGAAGGCAAGAAGAAAGAGAAGAGUUUUUCAACGAAUGGCAAGAGAAAAUGAGAGGGGAAAUCGAGGAGAAAGAAGAGAAACUGAGAGUGUUUGCCAAUGAACUGAUCAGUCAGCACAAUGAAGUGAAAGAGAAGCUGGCUAAGCUUGAGGCAGAAACAGAAAUGAUGAAACAACAAGAAGAGGCAUUGAAAGAGAAAAUGGAUAGAAGUGCCAAGGAACUAGAAGCUAAGAAAAGUGAAAUGGAGUUGGAGAAGGCGGAUAUAGAGACCGCAUAUGAAAGACUUUUACUUUUCCGAAAUAAGGAAUUGGAGGAGCAGCGCGUAGAGAAAGAGAAGACUGAAGAGAAGAAAAAGCAGGACGCAGCGACUCAGCUGGAAGGAAUGAAUCUGCUGAAAUGGCUUCAAGACCAGUGCAGUGGACUCUUGCAAGGUGGUGCGCAUGCGCCGUCAAAUCACGUUGAAAAACAAGACAAGGGUCUGCAGACAGUGCUGCCAACUCCGGAGACACAGAAGAAUAUGGAUAUGCAGCAGCAGCGUGAUGAUGAUGAGAAAGAGGAGUUGCGGGAGCGCGUGAUGCGUCAGCGACGUCGCAUUGACGAGCUGACGACACGUGCCGCUGACCUCACCAAUCAGCUGCAAGAUGCUCAGCAGCUGCAUCUCAUCACCACUCCACCAAUAGCUGCACAGCCAACGGUGAGACUGCACCCAAGACCAGCCUGGCCACCACACACCGGGUCCGGGGAAGAGACGAGCUUUUCUGAGCGACUUCCCAACUCAGUGUCACGAUCCACGCAGGCGUCUCGGAUGACUGCAAACACCGCUCCUCUCGCUUGUACCACAUUGCCUCCGAGUGACGCCAACAACACGAGUGCUGCCGGCAACUGUUUGCGACGCAGAACGCGGCGGUUAGCGUCACGGUCGCCCGUUCCUCCCAACAACAAUUCGUCAGACGAAUCGACCACCACUGAGGAGAUGAUUGAGGAGGCUCGGCAAAGGUUGAGACGCUUGGAAAAUGAAAGCUCAGAAAUACAUCAGACCUACCAGGACUUUCGUGUCAGAUUAUCUCAAGACAUUCCGCCAACACUUUUCCAUCCAGAGCAGGACAGAAGUCGAAAUCCUUUCAAUUACCGGAACUUUUCCAAUGCGGGACAAAGCAUGAUAGUAGCCGGUCGUAACAUGCUAGCUAGGACAAAUCCAAGAACAUCUACUGUCAAGCUGGAUAAUAUGCUGAGUAUAAGACCAACCUACGAUAUGUUUCAACCUAGGUACAAUUCUUUCCAAAAUUCAAUUGUUGGCAGCAGUGGUAGGAAUUUUUCAGUAUUGAGACAAAGACCUUUGGAUAAUGAACGGAUUUUGAAUAGUGAUGGAUACUCAGAAAAUGGUUAUCAAACAUUUUCCAGACAAAAUCGGAGUAGAGAUGCAGAGCUGAAUACUUUGAGGAAAAAAGUUGCUGAAAGAAGGAUUAGGAAUAGUUUGAGUCCUGAAGAAUUUGAAACAGUUUUGGAGAAGUCAGAUAACGGUUCAACUCAAGGUACUGCAGAGGAGCAAAAAGAAACAUCUGGAAUGGAAAGUGAAGGAGUCAUGGAAUCAAUGAGGAACCACGAGAUGUUGUGUUCUGAAAUUGACGAGAAACUUUCAAAACGCAAAGAAUUCUUGAAGAAAACAGGAAGUGGCAGUGAUAGUAAAUCAAGAGAGGAACCAGAAUCUUUCGAGAAAAAACGCACAAAGCUACUAACAUUCAAUAGAACUGUGACCGUCGUAGAAAAUAACAAGGAGUCAUGGUAUGCUGCAAAAGAUAACUCCAGUGAAGACGAUGAUUCUAGUGGUAGAUCUUCACUACGGGGUCCUACUAGGUUGAAUGCAAUUCCUGAACAAACUCAGUUGGUUGAUCACGAUGUUGACCUUCAGUCAGGGUCCGGAAACAGUAAUUGUUCUUUCUUGGGUAGAAGUAGUGACAAAUUAUCAACUCAGUUGCCGAGUAGAAUUUCUGAAGAAAAUGCAACAAUUGUGAAGGUUAAUGGUGAUGCUUUGGAUACAAGAGGGAUGACAUCAUCAGAACUGGGUUCGUCAGAACAAAUAAUUGGUAUUAAUAAUUAUGGAAAUGUUGAGGAAGAAGAACUGAACCACAAUUCAUAUAUUUCGCUCACCAAUAAUAGGCUAACUAAAGAAAGUAAAGAUCCCAAACCGGUUUCUGGAAGUGUUGAUAGUCUUCUGGAUGAAAGAAGCAGGAUAAGACUGCAGAACGGUUUAGUGAGUUCACACCCGAGACAACGAUCGCCUUCUUCUCUGGUAUCACAUGCAAGUACAAAUGGUUCACUGUCACCCACUGCUGCCAACCUUAGAUCGCCUAAAAAGUUUGUAGCAAGUGACUUGAGUGAUAGAGUUCCCUCGUUUGUGCUAUCACCACGCAAAAAUGGCGCCAAUCCGACCACCAAUCAGGACGAUUCGGGAGAACCUGAUGUUUUGAUAACUGAUUUGGAGAAAACCACUAUCACGAAUAGUGUUGGUGGUGGCGAAGUAAAUGUUGAAAGCUCAAAGUUGCAGAAUGGAAGCAAAUUUUCGGCAGCAAAUGCAGUACAAAGUAGAGUGACAGUGACGUCUCCAAGGAUCGCUGCUGCAGAGUCAGUUGGAGAUCCUUGGAGAGAGCCAGGAGACGGCACCGACAAUGAGAAACUAGACAGUGAUGACCCCGUGUCUGUGGGGACCCACGACUCGUCUUCGGCUAAUAGCUUUUGGUGAUACCAACUUGUCAAUUACUCGAUAACAUUACCAAAAACUUAUUGUACUGUGAUCAACAUGUAACUUAUACCAAAGACGUUAUUUUUAAGUACAAAAUGCACUUAUUUUUAUACUCAAUAAACUAAUUCGCAUCUUGAA